AUGUCUUCCCAGGUACCGCAUGAUGAUCUCUCCGUAGGAGACGUCUUCACCCUGCAAGCCGACAGCGCGCAGGCCUCUGUCGAAAUCCCGACCAAUCAACGUGCCCUGGACGUCCACAUGGGUGAGCGACUUUCGCCGCGCAAUCAGAUGGCCAAUUACGCGCCCAGUGAAGAGAACGCGAUGCAACUUCCAGCAUUCCACCCGGACCUGCUGGCGGGCAAGCAGCGUCGGAAGAAAAAGAAGAAGGCUCAUCAGGCAGACCCGGCUCUUUCCACCGUGCGCGGCUUUACACCCUUAGCCUCGGCUGAUGAGGACUCGGACUUUUCCAUUACUAGCUCCCGUGCGCCGGAUUCGCGACCUACCACCUCUCUUGGAGGAAGCCCACUGGCGCUGCCCGUCACGGGUCAUGGGGUGAGCGCAUUGAAGCUCCAGCUUGAUUCGCUCAGUCUUGCGGGUAGACCCUCCGCGGGUAGCAGCGGACUAUGCUCGGAGACUCCCAGCAAUGCGAGUGUUCAAUCCGAUAGCGACCAAACAGAAGUUCUGACGAGCUAUGAAGUUACAUUGGAUCAAGAUUUCGUUAGCGCGGAUGUCGCGACAGAAGGAUCCGAUGGUACAAGCCCGGUAGCCUUUACCAAUGACAUGGAUAUACGAAGCCAGCUCUGCCGCAAGAUGACUGCAGACGACUUUGAGCCUCUUCUCUGUCUGGGCAAGGGCUCUUUUGGCACCGUACUAUUGGUCCGCCAUGUGAUGACGGGCAAACUGUACGCGCAAAAGCAGUUCCGCAAAGCGUCUCUUACCGUUCACAAGAAGCUCGUGGAACAGACCAAGACAGAGCGCAUGGUUUUGGAGAGUGUCAAUCGCCACCCAUUCGUUGUGAAGCUUUUCUAUGCCUUUCAAGACCAUGAAAAGCUGUACCUCAUUCUAGAGUAUGCUCAGGGUGGCGAACUAUUCACCCAUCUUGCGAUGGAACGCAUGUUCGAAGAAGAUACCGCAGCCUUCUACAUGGCCGAAAUGGUUCUUGCGCUGGAACAUCUGCACCAAAAUGUCGGCGUUCUGUACCGCGACCUCAAGCCCGAGAACUGUCUUCUGGACACACAGGGCCACUUGUUGCUCACCGACUUCGGUCUCAGCAAGAUCGCAGUCAACGACGACGACCGCUGUAACUCUUCCCUUGGCACAAUCGAAUACAUGGCACCCGAAGUCGUUCAAGGCAAGCCUUAUGGCAAAGCCUGUGACUGGUGGUCCCUCGGCGCUCUGGGUUACGACCUCCUCACAGGCUCGCCGCCUUUCCGCGCAAACAACCACACCAAACUCCAAGAGAAAAUUGUCAAGCAAAAACUCGUCCUGCCCUACUUCCUUGGCCCCGACGCCAAAGACCUGCUCAUCCGCCUGCUGCGGAAGGACCCCACCAAACGUCUUGGCUACCACAUGGCCAAGGAUCUACAGACCAUCAAGAAGCAUCGUUUCUUCCGUAAGAUUGACUGGGCUGCCCUCGAGCGCCGCGAGAUUGAUCCCCCGAUCAAACCUAUCGUCACUGACCCGGCGCUCGCCGAGAACUUCUCCGAUGAUUUCACCCAUCUGCCCCUUAGCCCUACUCUGGCUGGUCUUGAUGAUCUCUACACGGGCCCUUCGCCUUCAUCUCGACAUGCGCGUGGCCUGUCCGCGGAUGCUGGCUCGAAUCCAUUUGGUGGAUUCAGCUUCGUGGCGUCGAGCAGCUUGCUGGAUCAUGGACUUGGCGCUACCAUGGGAGCAUACUAG